UAGUAUAUUACUUACUCUAUGACAUUGACAGUGUUGUGUACGUGAUAGGCAGUUGGAUUUUGGGUUAUAUUUUUAUUUUCACAGCUCACUUGCAAUUCACAAUAAAUCAAUACCUUUCUGAAUAUGGCUAAUUUUACGACAGACGGGAAAAUAUGUAUUGAACGCGAAUUACCUGUAGCAAAUGAACAGCAUUAUGACGACAUUAUCUCAAGGUUUGAUAUAAACGAAACAUGCCAGUGGAUCAGGGACAACAAUUACGGAAAGGUAUGUCUUCAAUUUCCUGAUGAGCUUUUGAAUGUAAGUGCAAAAAUUUACGAAGAAAUAAAAAAACAAAUUGAUGUGGAUCUUUACAUACUUGGCGACACAUCAUACGCAAGCUGCUGUGUUGACUCUGUGGCAGCUAUGCAUGUCGAAAGUGAAGCUGUUAUACACUAUGGCCACACAUGCUUCUCCAAGACAAACAUACCUGUUUAUACAGUAUUACCCAAAAGAGAACUCAAUGUCCAAGGAUGUAUGAAGAUUGUUGCUAGUAAUUACAAAAUAGACGACAAUGUCAAACUUUGUUUGUUUUAUGAUGAAGAAUUUGAACAUUGUAAAGAUGAUUUGGUUCAUCAUUGGUUCCGACUAUAUUCAAAGAGUUAUAUAGCCAGUGUAGAAAUGGAAGACAAGCCUGAAAGAUUCUUAGGCAGAACUAUUAGAGACAAACAAGGAACCAUAUAUCCCCCAGAUAUACUCAAAGACUGCAUCUGCAUUUACAUAGGUUCUAGGGGACAAACAUUGUUUAAUUAUACAAUAUCAAUUGCAGCAGCUGAAUGGCAUUUAUUGGACCCUGAGUCUGAUAGACUAGAACAUGUGGAAGAAACAAUGUGGUUCAAACGCAGACGCUAUUUAGUAGAGAAAUGUAAGGAUGCAAAUGUGGUGGGUAUAUUGGUGUGCAAGCUUGCAGGAGACCAGACAAAAGAUAUCAUAAGCAGAAUGAAGCACCUUUGCAAAGUUAAUGGGAAGAAGAGCUACAUUGUCUCUGUGGGGAAGCCUAAUGUUGCCAAGUUAGCCAAUUUUCCAGAAAUCGAUAUCUACGUGCUUAUCGCCUGUCCAGAAAACGAUCUCUAUAGUAACCGAGAUUUUUACAAACCAAUAGUGUAUCCAUACGAGCUGGAGGUCGCGUUGAACUCUAACCGAGAACCGUAUUUCACACACCACGUCACAGACUACGACGACCUCCUUCCAGGCAAGCGUCACUAUUGCGACAUUGACCACGUCAAAGAGCUCACUGAUGUCAGUCUCAUCACUGGCAGAAUUAGAGAAACAAGAAUAGAAAAUAAUGAGAGUGGAAGUCAAGAGUUGGCAGAAAAACAAAAUUGGGCACUAGAAUCAAUAGGAAGCAACCUUCAGGAUAGGUCUUGGAAAGGUCUGGAGCAGAAAUUAGGAGAGACAGAGGUCAAAAAGGCAGAGGUGGGACGCAAAGGUAUACCUCUGCAGUACAGUAAUGAACCAGAGUGACUUUAUUGUUUAUAUUUACAAUUUAAAUUCACUAGAGUACAAAACUUGUCCUACUUUGUAAGACUGUUUGACCAUAUACAAUAAAUAAUAUUCCAAA